AUGAAGGAAGCAGCCUAUGCUGAUGAGCUAAAAGCUCUUGUAGAGUUCAAAACCACCCGAAAUGACUGGUUUGUCAAAGAAACAAGGAGGAGAGGCAGAAAGACCACCCCUAAAGUACAAGAGGGUGAGGGGUCUUCGUCACAACCAAAGAAAAAGCAAAAGAAAGUGGCAAAGACAUUGCUUGUUGAUGAGCCUGAAGUUGAAGAACCGGCUGUGAAUGUUGAGGAAAAUCCAUAUGCUGGUAUUGAAGAAGUGAUAUUAGAUCUUGGUGAUUUAGAGGUAGAGCAAGCAGCUAGCAAAGAAGCUCAGAAAGAGAAAGUUAUUGAUGAUAUCAAAGGUGAUGAUGUUGAUAAAGACACUACAAGUUCCUCGAGUUCUUCGGAAGAUGAAGUAGAUGAAGCUGAACGUCUUCAUAUACCUCCUGAUACUCUUGAAGAUAUUGGAGAUUUUGGCUUUGCAAAUGAUGAACAAGUUAAGAAGCUAGAAAAGAAGAUGGAUGGCGUGUUGAAUGAAAACAAAGUGUUAGCAGCUGAGAGCAAGAAAGUAGCCGAUCGGGAAAAGAUUCUAGAAAUGCGUGUAAAGAAGCUAGAAUCUGAAAACAAGUCUUUGUUAAAGAAGAUUGAUACGGAUCAGACUGAGAUUGAUUUCUUGAAGGUGCGAGUGUCUGAUCUUGAAGAAGAAAAGGCUCGCAGAGAUGAGCAGAAUAAGUAUUUCGAAAUGAAAAACAAAGAGCUUGAGGCUGCGAAGGCUUUGAAAGAGCACAAGUUUUAUAUGUUGAACAAAGUUGUUGAAAGUAUGCUCGAAACGUCAAUUGAACAAAGAUUCGAAGAGAUACAAGUUGAAGAGCUUAGGGCUAAAUGCCAAGCUGAGAUUGAUGAACAGAUGAAAGAUAAGGGAAAGGGUACGGAAGGCAGCGUGGAAGUAGUUGAAAGAUCAAUUGUUCCAUUUCUUGUUAUUGAGAAUCCUGUACCGUUAUCCUCUGUAUCUGGCGUCUUUGAAGAGAAUGUAUCUUUAGAGAAUCUUGCUGGUGAUGAUAAUGAAGAAGAUGAAGAAGAGGAUGUUGAGGAAGAAGCUAGCAGUCAUGGUUCUGAUAAUGACGAUGACGAUGCUCAAGGUGGUAUGGGAAGUAAAGUAACUGAAGCUUCUAAUGAAAGAACUGUUGAUGGUUUUCUGAAUGAUUCUGUGAAUGAAGAGCUAGGGGGAGCUGAAGGAAAGGGGGAGUCUAGUGAUGCUCAAAAUGUUGAACAUGUUGAAAAGUUAGUUUUGAGAUUGGAAACUAAUAGGUAA